ACGGGGACUCAUAAUCUCAGUCAGAUAGACGCUGGUUCUAAAUCUGACUUCCCAGAUACAACAUCCCACUUCCUCAUUACAAACAACUCGCUUUCCAUCUAGACGACGAUGGCAGACGAAGCGUCGUUCCUAUCGACGCCGUUAGACUGCUUCCUAGCGCUUCUCCUCUUGCCGACGUUUGCGUGGGACCUCAUCGUCGGAUUCUCGGGCCUCGCAGUGUUUGCACUCGUCAACAGCAAAGAAACAGAAGAGCAAGACGACACAGAGACAGACAGUCACUCGCUUGCAUGGCUAAUCAUCAAGGUCGUACUCGCACUGCUCGUCGUUCCUUCCCUUCUUGUCGACCUCAUCAUGCUGAUUGGCCGCGCAGUCGCCGGCAUUGUGUUGAUGAUUGUCUCAUUGGAUGUUGACAUGAGACUCAAGCCGAAGCUCGGAUUCAAGACUGGAUGUCUUGACAAGCAACAGAUGGAAGCCAUGGCAGCAUCGCCGUCAUGAGAAGGAUGAGAGAGAAAGCGAAAAGGGCAGAAUUGAGUGAUUAGUUGGUGUGACACAUUCAUUCAUUCAUGACUGAUGCGCGCACUGUUUUAGUUUAUUGCCUUACUGUUCACGUAGCUACGCGAAUUUGGUUACUAGAGAUGAUUAGAUGUUAGAGUGAGACGAUAGAAUGUCUAGAUGUGUAGUGCAUGAGGUUUAGUUUGAUGAGGAAAAUAGAAGCUGAUGGUGAUGUGUCCUGCA